UUCCCCUUUAAAUUUAUUUUUCAGAAAAUUCCGAAAAAUGAUUUUUCCAAAAAUUUAUUUUUCCUUUUUCUAUUUAUUUUGUUUAAUUUAUUUAAUUAAAUCUCAAGAAUUAAUCCCUCAAAAAUUUUUUGGGGCUUUUCAAUAUGAAAAUAGUGACAAUUGGGAGGCGUAUUUGGCUGCUAAAGGUUACAAUGAGGAAAUGAGGAGGACUGUAAAACCCCCAAAAUUGACCCGCGUCUUAUUUCCGACUGGUCCCGGUUAUCGAAUGAUGAUUGGACAGGGAUUACAAGGAAGUAAGUGGCUUUCUGGGGCAAAGAAAAAUGCGGAUUGGACGUUCCAACUUGGAAAGGAAUUUAGAGCAAAAUAUUGGGAUGGAAGAGAACAUUUGAUUCUUUUUGCCUAUGAUCCCUCGACUGAUAAACUUAUUGAGAGACAUACAGUCGUCGGAGCACAAUUACCUCCGGAAGACUUUGUGUAUGAAAUCAAUCAACAAGGAAACUUGGAUCUAGUAAUUUAUACAAUAAAACAAAUUAAAUCCUUUUUAGCAUGUCCAGUUUCAAUAUGUUCAUUUGAUCCAUCACUACAUUCGAACAGAUUAAUUAUUAAAAUUAUUUUUUAUAAUUUUUUGUAA